AUGUGCUUUGCCAUUUCAGACGCACAACUCGGAGUGUUCGUUGUCCACAAGGACCUAGCCCCAGACCUUCCCCAGCAAUGCGCUUCAUCAAAUUUCACCUGCUACCUUUCUCUUGGACCACCUUUUGCUCCGCAUAAAAUGUCUGCACCUGAAAACUCAAACUUUCUGCCACAAUCCAAAACAGCUCCUUUCAAUGCUGGGAAGAAGAUUAAUCAUUCGGAUCACCAUGAUUUCCAGUCCUCUCGUAUCGACCAAGUUUUACUUAUCAACACAAGCAGUGCUUCUAGAAAUAAUGUCCGCUUCCUCGAACUACUAGGCCUUGAUAGAUCCGCAGCAGCAGCAGCUCCUGAUCACAAUUCCGCAUCAUCUUCCAACUUGCCCGUGCUCCCCUCCGGAUCAACGCACAACCCCCAGCAAGUCCUUUCUUCUCCAAGUCCUCGGCUUAGCCUCGUGUCUUCGCGAGUUCGAUAUGAUAACACUUCUACGGUUCUUCACGCGAAACUAGACAACGUCGGGCCUGGCAGUAGUUCGGAGGAUGCCUUGCUCAAUCGAUCAUCUGUGCUUUUUGUUGCCGUCUCCUUCAUUCUGCUGAUGAUUAUCAGCCUAGGUUGGCUGAUAUUCUACUACAUCCAGCGUUUCCGAUACCUGCACAGCAAGGAACGUGCCUCCGUAAGUGCCUGA